AUGACCGCCGCUGAGUUCAAGAACCCCGCCACCACCGCCAUCCUGGAGGCGGCUAAGGCCCGCCGCUCCAUCUACACCCUCAAGGCCGAGAGCCCCAUCGCCGACGAGGCCAUCGAGCAGCUCGUCCAGCAGGCCGUCCUCCACACCCCCAGCUCCUUCAACACCCAGACCGGCCGCAUUGUGCUGCUGCUGAAGGAGGAGCACCAGAAGCUGUGGGACAUCGCCAUCAACGCCCUCGAGGGGCUGGUCGCCGCCGGCCAGGUCCCCAAGGAGACCUUUGAGAACCAGACCAAGCCCAAGCUGAACGCCUUCCGCAACGGCUACGGCACUGUCCUCUUCUUCGUCGACUACGACUCCCUGGCCCCCAUCAAGGAGAAGUUCGCCAUCUACGCCGACAACUUCAACCCCUGGGCGCUCGAGUCCAACGCCAUGGCCCAGUACCUGAUCUGGACUGCCCUGGAAUCCGAGGGCUUCGGCGCCAACCUCCAGCACUACAGCCCCCUGAUCGACGAGCAGGUCGCCAAGCAGUGGAACCUCCCCGCCUCCUGGAAGCUCGAUGCCCAGCUGGUCUUCGGUACCCCGACCGCCCCGGCCGGCGAGAAGGCCUUCGCGCCGCUGGAGGACCGCUUCAAGGUCUUCGGCAAGUAA